AUGGCCCAACCACCAACGUCCACGUCAUCUCCAGCACCCCAAAUCCAACAACCACAACAACAGCCCUCCCGCUCCCACGGUCGCGGCGGAGCAGGCAAUAUCAACUCCACCCAACCCACGGCCCUCAACGCCAACGACCUCCAAACCCCAACAAUCAAAGGCACAACUUACACCACCGGUCGGGGCGGAAGCGGAAACAUGGCCUCCAACAACCCCUCCAACCCCUUCGAAGCCCGCGCAGCCCAAGACGUCGACACACCGCUACACCAUAAUCGAGAAAUGAGCGGAACCUACCACUGGGGUCGCGGCGGAGAAGGGAACAUGACCACCUUGGGUCCAAAUUCCGGUGCGAAGACCAAAGACAGUAAAGGGACCAUGAGCGGCGAUGCUGUCAAAGAGAAGCUGUCGGGGAGGAGGGAGAGCAGUAAGGAGCGUCCUGGCAUUGGAGCGGAGAAGAAGGAGAGGACGCUCUCCCAGGGUUCCGAGAAUGGUGCAGGGAGGAGACCGAGUCUCCAGGGAGUAUUGAACAGGGGAAGGGAGAUGCUGGGGCUGAGUAAGAAUAAGGCUGGUGGAGAGAAAGACGAUCCGGUGAGACAGGGGAGUGUUGAUGAGAGCGCUAUCGCUGAGUAG